AUGGAUCCUUCAUCAAGACAGAACUUUAACUACUUCCGAGUCCGAAUCCUCAUUAUAGGAAGAGCGAAUGCAGGAAAGACAACCAUCCUCCAGAGGAUUUGCGACACACGGGAGAACCCAGAAAUAUAUAACAGCACUGGGGAAAAGAUUGAUCCCGCCGUUGUGAUAGGAUCCAUAAGACGUGGAGAGCAUGAUAUCGAGAAUGGAAUGGUGUUUCGCAGCAACCCAGGAUUCAUCUUUCAUGAUUCAUGCGGUUUUGAAGCAGGCUCGGAAUCUGAAUUCGACAGGGUGAAGGCAUUUAUCGCAGACCAUUCCCAGAGAACUAGUUUAAAGGAUCAAAUCCAUGCCAUAUGGUAUUGCAUCCCAAUGGACGACAAAAGUAGGUGCUUCACCCAGGCAGAAGUCAAUUUUUUUUCUCAGUGCGACACUGGCAGUAUUCCAGUGAUAGUAUUAUUCACCAAAUUUGAUGCCCUCUACUAUGUUGAAUUUGAACGGCUGAGGAGAAAUGGAGUGUCUAGGAAAGAUGCAAGAGAACUGGCCCCGAAGCUUGCUGAAGAGUCAUUUGCAAAUGGGCCACAGUUGAAGUUCCUAUACAAUGCCAAGGAAAUUGGACGGCCUCCGAAAUGUCACAUAUGCCUCUUUGGUACGCUUGUUGGUCAUCAGAUUGUGAUACAUGAUGAGUAUUGA